AUGAUGAAGACCGACGAUAUCCAGAAAGAGCAAACGGCUCACAUCGAGCAUUCAUCGCAGGCUGCUGAGAACAAAGAAGCCCAGCAAGCCUCAGCUGCUGAGCGUCAGGCAACAUUCUGGCAGGCCCUCAAAAGCAACCGCAAGGCGGCAUUAUGGUCUGCAGCCAUCUCCCUGACGAUUAUCAUGGAGGGUUAUGAUGUCGGCCUCAUCUACCAGUUCUUCUCCUAUCCUGCGUUUCAACGUACAUUCGGGGCAUACCGUCCAGAACAAGAUGGCUACGAAGUCUCAGGGCCCUGGCAAGCUGGUCUCAGCAACGGUGCCAAUGCUGGUAUAGUCAUUGGCGGCUUCUUGAACGGAUACCUAUCCACACGAUACGGAUACAAAAUGGUCCUGCUAGGCUCGCUCUUCAUGAUGAAUUGGUUCAUUUUCAUUCUGUUUUUCGCAUCUUCGGCGCCGGUACUGCUCGUAGGGCAGGUCCUGUGCGGACUCACCUGGGGUGUAUUUGCCACGACAGGACCGGCCUAUGCGUCGGAGGUUUGCCCUCUCGCUCUGCGGGGAUAUCUCACCUGCUAUGUGAAUCUUUGCUGGGCCAUUGGCCAGUUCAUUGCCGCAGGUGUCCUGUAUGGCCUACUCAAAAUUGAAAACGAAUGGUCCUACCGAAUUGCGUAUGCGCUGCAAUGGAUCUGGCCGGUCCCUCUGUUCAUUAUGGUCUUGUUUGCCCCGGAAUCACCUUGGUGGCUAGCCCGGAAUAACCGUUUGGAUGAUGUCUACAAAUCGCUCUCGAAGCUCGACAAUCGAGGCCACGAAUCGCACCAGAAGACGUUGGCUCAGAUUCUGCACACGCUGGAGCUCGAGCAGAAGAUGGAGGCCGGCUCAAAUUAUCUGGACUGUUUUCGGGGUAUCGACCGGCGUCGAACCGAGAUUGUCUGCAUGGCUUUUGCCGGUCAAGUCUUGUCGGGCUCGGCUUUUGCCUACGCGCCCACCUACUUCUUCGUCCAAGCUGGAAUCAGCACGGACAACGCCUACCAGAUCGCCGUCGGUGGCACAGCCAUUUCCUUUGUGGGGACGGUGAUCUCGUGGUUCCUGCUCGGUCGCUUUGGUCGCCGCCAACUGUACGUGUGCGGCAUCGCCACGUUGACUGGAUUGUUGCUCAUCAUCGGUGUGAUUGCUUCGGCAUCCGAGUCUAGCGGCGCGAAAUGGGGUCAGGCUGCUCUGUGUCUGGUGUGGCUUUUCACUUAUUCUACCACCCUAGGACCCAUUACUUUCACAAUCAUUUCCGAGACGUCGUCCAUUCAGCUGCGAGCCAAGUCCGUUUGUUUGUCGCGGAACGUCUACAAUAUCACGCAGAUCAUAGCGAACAUCAUCGAGCCGUACCUGAUCAACCCGACCGAGGCUGACCUGAAGGGCAAGACAGCCUAUUUCUGGUUCGGAACGGCGGCUUUGACCACGCUCUGGGCCUAUUUCCGUCUUCCAGAGUGCGCCGGCAGGACUUACGAUGAGCUCGACGUCAUGUUUCAUCAGAAGGUGCCAGCCCGGAAGUUUGCGAAACAUCAAGUCAACGUUUAUGACACGGGUGUACUGCAGGAUGAAUCUGUGAAGAAGGUUGUAGAAGACAGGGAGGGUAAAAAUUAG